UCUUCUUGUCCUAUCUAUUUGACUUUGCAUCAGUUCAUAUAAGUCUUUUCCAUAUUUUGGGGGUGAGGGAGAGAGAAUCGUAGGUUUGAGAUUUAAAGACGUCUAACCAGUCACUGAGUCUGAUUUCCUACUGGCCUGGGAAGGAGAUGUUAACAGAAUUUAUAAAAUCAACAAAGCACAAAAUCAUGUGGACAGUCCACUUUAUGCAAUAGCAAAAAUAAUUGACUUUUUUACAGCGUAAAAAAGCAUUUUAUGCCCAUCACCUCAUUUAUCCUUCCCAAUAACUCUAUGAGGGACAUGUUGUUAGUAAUGUUGCUACUUUACAGAUAGAAGAACAGUUUCAAAGAGGAAGUCAUCCAAGGGAUGUCAGGGGGAAGUUGCCCAGGGUCACUAGCUAUUAAGUGGUGGAGUUGGGACUCGAACCAAGGUCCUAUGUUUCAGGCAAGCAUGUUAGGUACAUGCAAGAAUUAGUAAAAGAAUCAGGUUAAGGAAAUAUAGAAUUGGAAAAAUGAAAUGGGUCAGGCAUUUAUUAAGGGCAAAGAAUAAAAUGGCCCAAGAAAUAUAAAAAGACUCAAGAAAGCCUCCAACACAUUGUGCAGGCUUUUUGGAGAGAAAUUAUGGGAGAACCAUGACAAGAAUCACAGGAAAAGGGGUGCCCAGAUUGUGAUCUGCAUCAAAAGAGGGAAUAUCUCCAACCAUCCAUCAAUGAGCAUUUAUUAAGCACCCACUAUUUGCCAACCUCUGUUGCUUGUUGUUGGUUACAAAGAUUCAAAAAUGAAACAGUCAGGGCAGCUAGUUAGCACAGAAGAUAGAGUACCAGAUCUGGAGUUGGGAGGACCUGGGUUCAAAUUUGACCUCCCAUUCUUCCUACUUGUGUUACCUUGGGCAGGUCACUUAAUCCCAAUUACCUAGCCCUUGCCCUUCUUCUUAGAGUUGUUACUAACACAAAAAGUAAGUAUUUUUUAAAAAUGAAAGUCUUUGCUCUCAAGAGCUUAUAUUCUCUCAGAAUUGGGAACGUGUAGGUAAUGAAGAAUGUCUGGAAUAAAGACAAGAUAAAUACCUAGUAAUAGGGAAGGAAGGCUGUCGAGAUAGAUUUUGUGUAAAAAAGGUAGUGCUUAAGAUGAGUUUUAUAGGAAAUACUAUUUUACAAGUUCACACAUCUCUUGAAGAAAAGGAAGAACUCACACCCCAAGUUUCCCAGUACAGGCAAGGGUUCUUCCCAUUGUAUCCUUCUUCCCUUGGGUAGCCAUUGUGGGAGUGGGCUUUAUACUAGUUUCUAUUUCUUCAGCUAUAAGGAGCCAUAAAUGUGGUUCCUGUGAUUCACCCAGUAUCUUGACCACUGUGGUUAGUACAGAAGUGAUGGCAAAAAGAGUCACACACUUAGACACCCAACACACUAGUCUAUCAAUUUGCACAUUGCUCCAACAUUGUCUCUUUCUUUCUGUCUUCCUUGAGGAGGGCCACCGGUGUUCUCAGGCUCAUCUUUUGUGGUUUGCCCUUGGAGAAGGGGUUUCCCACAGUACUCUGUCAUAGCCCAUGACUUCCUUUGCCAUUCCCCACAGACCUCUUCUGCCUUGUCAGUGUAGAGGAAAUGAAGAGCUAGAGAAGCUCUAGCAUCCUGAUACCUUCUACCAUUGAGCUAUGCAGUCUUCUCAUCAUUCAGUGUGCAGGAGGCUUAGAGUGGUUUUCAUUGUCCCAUAAUCACCCUUCUUUGAGGCUGGGAGCAAGGGAGAGGGGACUGCAAAUUCAUUUCCCUUUUACUCAUGAGAGAACUCAUGAAAGGUUUAAAUAAUUUCCCAAAGGCUGCUGGACUUCCUAAUGUCUAGAUUAUUUGCUCUGUCUGCUCUCUCACUUCUCUUUAGAACCUUAAGAUUGAAUGCCAGUGUAGCCAACUAAACCUGCGUAGUAACUGUUUACUUCCAACACUGGAAAUAGAACAGCUUUUUCAGUCACUCAUCAGUGUACUGGGCCAUUUGUUCUGGUACUGGGUAUUUACUGACCCCUACUUUGUAUUAUGUAUCAUAGAGGAAGCAUUGAAGAAGAUCAAAAUUCUUUACUACUUUUAAAAUUAAUUUUCUUGUAUCUUUUUUUAACCCUUACCUUCUUUCUUAAAAUUGAUACUAAGUAUUAAUUCUAAGACAAAGGAGUAGUAAGGGCUAGGCAACUGGGGUUAAGUGACUUGCUCAGGGGUCACACAUCUAGGAAGUGUCUGAGGCCAGAUUUGAACCCAGGACCUUCCACUUCCAGGCCUGACUCACUAUCCACUGAGCCAUCUAGCUGCCCCUUAUUUUCUUGUAUCUUGCUGGUGAGAAGAGAUUGCUUACGAUGCCUGGAUCCCCCUUGGAUGUGAAAUUACAGUCAAGAUCACCUCCUAACAUGCCUCCACGGCCUCCCAUCAACCCUGGUGUUCCCCGGCCGAGCACUUUCAACCCUACAGCAUUAUCCAAUGGGCUUAAUCAUUCGCCGCCCACCUUGAAUGGUGCCCCAUCCCCACCACAGAGGUUCAGCAAUGGCCCAGCGCCAUCCUCGUCCGCAUCGCUCACCAACCAGCAGCUUCCUGCCACUUGUGGGGCCCGACAGCUCAGUAAACUGAAGCGCUUUCUAACGACCCUCCAGCAGUUUGGUAACGACAUUUCCCCGGAGAUUGGAGAGAAAGUUCGGACCCUCGUCCUGGCUUUGGUUAACUCCACGGUGACCAUUGAGGAAUUCCAUUGUAAGCUGCAAGAGGCCACCAACUUUCCUCUUCGUCCUUUUGUGAUUCCAUUCUUGAAGGCCAACCUGCCCCUGCUACAGAGGGAGCUGCUGCAUUGUGCUCGGGCAGCCAAGCAGACCCCUUCGCAGUACCUGGCCCAGCACGAACACCUUUUGCUGAACACCAACACCUCCCCAGCUGACUCUGCAGAGCUACUCAUGGAGGUACACGGAAAUGGCAAGAGGCACAGCCCUGACAGAAGAGAAGACAGCUUUGAGAGAGAACCUGUUCUCCCCGAGCCUCCCGCCAAGAGAGUAUGCACCAUCAGCCCUGCUCCCCGCCACAGCCCUGCUCUCUCCAUGCCCAUCAUUACCCCUGCCCAGUUCCAUCCUACUCCGCCCCCUCUCCAGCAUUACACCUUGGAAGACUUUACCACUAACCAACUGUACGGCAGAGAAGCCCCCAAGGCUCCAGAACCCCGGGAAGUGCGGGAGCACCGUCAAGGACUGGGUAUAAAUGGAGGAUACCAGGAGGAGCUGGUGGACCACCGUUUGACAGAGAGAGAAUGGGCUGAUGAAUGGAAACAUCUUGAUCAUGCUCUGAACUGCAUCAUGGAGAUGGUGGAGAAAACCCGCCGUUCCAUGGCUGUCCUACGACGAUGCCAGGAAACUGAUCGGGAGGAACUCAACUUUUGGAAGAGGCGAUGCAAUGAGAACGCAGAGACCAGGAAAGCUCCUGGUGAUCUGAUCCCCAGGCAGCACAGCCCAGGAAGCUCAGACUCACUCAGCAAUGAUUCCCAGCGUGAGUUCAAUGGCAGGUCAGCCACAGGCUAUGUCACUGAAGAUAUCUGGAAGAAAGCUGAAGAAGCCGUGAAUGAAGUGAAGCGUCAGGCCAUGACAGAAGUGCAGAAGGCCGUGGCAGAGGCUGAGCAGAAGGCCUUUGAGAUGAUUGCAUCAGAGAGAGCCCGCAUGGAGCAGACCAUUGCAGAUGCCAAGCGCCAGGCCACUGAAGAUGCUUUCAUGGUUAUAAAUGAGCAGGAGGAGUCCUCUGAGAGCUGCUGGAACUGUGGGCGCAAAGCCAGCGAGACGUGCAGCGGCUGCAACGCCGCCCGUUACUGCGGCUCCUUCUGCCAGCACAAGGACUGGGAGCGUCACCACCGCAUCUGCGGCCAGGGGCCCCACCCCCACUGCCAGAGCAAACCGCUCCUUCCCCCCACCGGCCGAAUGUCGAUGGCCAAAGCCGCCGAGGGAGGGAUGAGCCCAGCCCUGGACAAGACCUCGGGGGCCACCUCCCGGUCCUCGACCCCUGCCUCGAUGUCGGCCAUCGACACCAAUGGACUCUGAGCGGAGCCGGUCACCGGCUCCUUUGUGGUCAUUUCUUUACCACCACAACCAGCCCCUUGUGGUCCCUCGAGAAGGUGGAAGUUUCUGUUGAUUCACGCACCUGUCAAACCAUUGGCACACACCAUCUCAUCCAAGCAGACGGCGGGGAACAGACAGCUAUUUUCAGUAUCUGUCGUGUUCCCCAGGGAACGAGAUGACCAGCAGCAUCUCCAGCGAUGACUGAUGGCUUCUCCUCAGUCUUGCUGGCCAACCAUGGCUUUCUAAGGAUACACGCGUUUUCCUCCCAUGCCAGGCCAUCCCGCCGCCAUGCAUGGAGGUGGUAACCAUUGCAUCGCCUUCUUCAUUGCAAAUCGCUAGCUCAAGCAGCCUUUCGGCUCCAACUUCCCCUUUCCUCGCCUUGCUCCUGAGCGCCUCUGUUCAUGCUUUUUUACGGUGUAAACCCCUUCUCUGUCUUGCCUACCCUUGAACUCCCCAGAUCCUUUCCCCCCAAAGCUGUAAAUAGAAUUUUGGUCAGGACCACGACAGUGCCGAUCUGGAAGGAGCCUCUCAGGCCAGCUGCCGCGGCCUGGAGCUCAACAGGAAGCCCCUCGGUGGGGUCCCUGACCAGUGAACAUGAUAGCCUUUACUUUACAAACAUUCAAUGACAGAACCUGCUAUAUACUGCCAGUCUAGAGCGUGGCGUUCUCACCCACAUGCCUAGGCCCUGGCAGGCACCACGGUGCCCAUUUUGAACAACUGGGGAAGGAUUCAACCCCAGAAACUACUUCGCUCACUGAGCCACAUGGUCAGGCUGGAGACCAGGAAUCCCAGCCUGACAAGACCUUUUACAAGGAGAAAAGCCACCACUCCUUGCACCCUCCCCUUCUCGCCGGCUCCCAGAGCCCCAAUGUAGGGUCACCUAAGACCCAGAGGGGGAGGGGGAGGAGCUGAAUGUGUCCGAAAAAUGCAUUAAUCAUGAUUUCUGAUUCGACUUAACAGUCAUCCCUGCCCACUUUGGACAGGAGCCUCCCUCUCGCUGGCUGCCGCAGUGCAGUUUGGGACCAUGAGGAGGAUGUGUUCUGAGCGUUCUUGCAUUUGUUUGCCAUUUGGCCAAUGCAGAGAACGUCUGAUCCACCUCAUGGAAGAUAAUCCCACUUCUCUUGCUAUAGAAAAUGGCGGGAGGGAUUUUUCUCUUAAGAGUGAACAUGUGAGAAAGAGAGAGACGUUGAAUUUAUCGUUGGUUUCCUCUCUACGGGCGUGUUGGCCAAACUGACUAUCAAGUUUAAAAAUUGCCGAGCCUAGUGCUCAGGGCUCCGUGGACUGGUACAUUAACGGUGUGGCCCGGGUUAUACCUGUCUGAGCCCUCGGUUUCCUCCUGACGUGCCUGUGACUCCAGCUAUUGUGUCACCUCGUUCAGGAUGGGAAAGAACCAGGCUGGGCUGGCUGAUUGCAGCCUGCGACAGGAUAGCUUUGGGACCUGCCCAACCAGUCAAGUGAGGCCCAAGGCUUGGGGGGUGGGGGGUGGGGGGGGGGUUUGGGUUUUGUUUUGUCGUUGUCGUUUUCGUUUCUAUAAAGGAAGCAUGUGCCAUGUCAGAAAGAUUUCUCCAGCUUAUGUGCUUUCAGAUACUAAAACAUCCAUCAUCUGUCUUGUUAACCAUCCACAAGCUUUAUACAUGGUGCUUUAUUGAAUAGUCAAUUCAAUCCAGUGAGUAUUUACUAGUUGUCUCCUAGGUGCCAGGCACCGUGCUAAGGCCUAAGCCUGCACGGACUCAAUGAAAACAUAGUACUGGCCCUCAAGGAGGGGUUUACAUGCUGUUAUUUCAAAGCUUUCCCUCCCUCCUUCCUCCCUUCCCCCUGCAGCUGCCCUGUUGUUGUAAGAAAUGAAAUGACAUUUCUUCUGAGCUCCUCCAGCCCUGGGAGGUUUGAGGAAAAUCUCAUGGAAAAUAGAGAGAAGCACAAUGCUAAUAGGCUGCCUUGUUGAAGUUGGGAGGGCGGCAGGGAAGCACCGAGCUCCCUAGGGAAACGUCCUUGGUUUGAUGAGCCUCUAGCCAUUUACAAAGCCUUGAUCCUUGGUGGGCUUGGUGGAACUUCCACCGCCAUUCUCGCCCACGUUCAGACCCACACUUUGGGACGUGUGAGCAGCAUUACAGGAACCCAAGAGGGCCCACGGCCGUGCGCAUCUUGUCCGCUGGACAGGAUCGGCACAAGCCGUGGGAGGCAGCCAGUAGAUCAGACGGGUCUCUUAUCCAAAAGAUUUACCAAAAGGUUCCAAAGAUUUACUCCACAUUGCAGCCAGCAGCCCAAGCCUGGACUGACAUCUGCAGAGAAGAGGCAAGUGAUACUUAAACCCCAAAGAGGAAUUGACAGGAGAGGAGAAGGGGGGAAAAUGGUCCCCAUCUGGAGCGCCAUUGAAUCAGGUAGACUUUGCUUUAAGGAAGCCAAGCAAGUGUGGAGCCAAACAUAGAAAACAAAAUCACCGCUCACUCCCUGAAGGGAGUCACCGGAGAUUUGACCCCGAUGAAUUCAAAGGGCAGGUUAGGUUGGGUAAAACAAGGUACGCUUACUAGAGGAAGGGUAAUAAAGCAAAGCCUACAUCGUAGAGUUGCAAGAUUAAGAUUACUUCCCCUCUCAAUCUCUGCAACUUGAUCUAUAGUGAGUGAGUGCCCCUUCCCAUCUAGAAGAGGGAGUUGUUUGUCCCUCUCAAUGCCAACAUGGCUUCAUCUGGAUUUCAGCAAAACCAUCGCAGGGUAUCCCUGAGUUCAUGAUGGAGAGGCAGAGGGCUAAGAAAUAAUGACUAAGUUAAGAAGGCUCAGAAUUGGUUAAAAGUUGGACCCAAGGAACAGGAAUUAAUGGAGAAGGAAGGGUACCCUAGUGAUGGCCACAAGGCUGUCCUGAUUGCCAUUUUGAUCAGUGGCUUUGGCAAAGGCUUUGUUUCUCAGCUUUGAAGCCCAGGAAAAGAAGGGGAGAGGUGGCCAAUGGGGGGGGGGGAGGGCAGGGGGUAAACAAAGUCCAAUACAGAGAUUUUCAAUAGACAGGCUAAUCGUUGAAAUUUAACCCAGGCCUAGUGGAAAAUGUUGACUAUUUAGGUUCAGAAAAUCUAUUACAUAAAUAUAGAAUUGGUGGUGUCUAAACUUGACAGCUGGUCCAGGUAGCAAAGGCCCAGAAGCUUUAGGAUGAACUAGCAUGUUUUGGCUGGCCAAAGCUGCUAACACAAUCCUGAGCUCCAUGUUCAGAGGUUCGGUGUGUAGAAUGAGAGCAAGAUCAGCCUUGCUCUCUUCUGUCCUAGUUCAGACCCUAUUGGGAAUAUCGUUCCUUUUAUGGGCCAUGUUAAGAUAGAUGGUGUCAAGAACUAAGCAAAUCAGAUGGUUAGAGGACCUGAAAUUGAAUUCUAUUGAAAGGAUGAGGGAUGUUUAUUCUGGGGAAAGAGAAAGUAACUGAUGCCUUCAUGUAGCUGAAGAGCUAGCUAGGAAGAGAAGUCAAAACUUGUUCUGCUUGGCCCCAGAGGCCUGAAUGAGGAGGGAGAGGUAGAGGUUAGAGGCGAGGAAAGAAUUUGAGGUCGCUAUGAGAAAAGAAUGAGCAACUGUCCAAGAAUGGAACAUGUUGCCCUGUUUUGGGUAGUGAGCUUUCAGUCUCUGGAAGUAUGUGAGUGUAGGCUAGGUGACCAUCCGUCGAGGACAGUGGAGGAUGGAGUUCUUGCCCCAGUAGGGGAUAACCUGUUAGGUCUCUUCUGGCUGCGAUUUAGUGAACACAAAGACUUUACCCUAAUGUCCAUUUCCAAAGAUGAUGAAACUGCUAUGGUGGGAGGAGUCAGGGAGGUUGAACAGGUGCUAGUGUGUUCCCUGUAGAUGGCACUCCGGUUGCUCCAGGAGGCCAUUGCUAGACCCACAUUUGCCCCAUGUGCCCUGUUGCAUUGCAAUGUAUUUCUGAAACCAAAUAGGUGUGCUUGUGUGUGUUUGUUGUCUGACUGUCCCUCUCUAUGGGUGAAAAUUCAUCCCAGCUGUGGGAAAGAAGGAAAGGGUAAAGCAGCAUCGGUGUUGGCGGUGGCUGAGGAAAGACAGAAGGUGUUGUUGUGUGCAAAGGGGAUGCCCUCGGGCUCCAAGAACAUAGAGGGCCCCAGGACAGACAGGGGAGUGUCUACAUGUUGACAUUCUACCUUUCUGGGGAGGCAAUAAAAGUGGUUCCAUGUCUUAGGCAUGACAAGAAUGUAAAUAAGGGGUGCACUAAUGGCCCCCAGGGUGAUUUGAAAAAGGGGGUAAUUAGGCUGAAACCACAAGGCUGAGGAGAGGACAGUGGAUUGUUUUCUAUCUUUUGCCAUUUAACCUUGAAUAGCAAAAAUUUUGUUGUUACUUAAUUCCAUGCAUAACUUAUUUAAUGUCUUGUAUAAAGGAACCAAAAUUGUUAAAUAUGUAUUUAGUUUGUUCUACUUCGAGUAGUCAAUAAAAAGGCUAUAUUCCU